GUAACCAGCUUACAAAUGAAAAACACACAGAUGAAAAGCCUAUGAAGGGUAUUGUUAUGAGUUCUGUGGCAGAAUUCAGCAUCACAGACGCUUCAUCAAAGGGUACCAAAAAUGAGAAGAAGUUGUCAGCAGCGAGCACAUCAUCCAUUGCUUCCCUGGAGAAAUGCAGAGAGUUCACUUACAUCGAGGAUGAUGCAUCAGUACAUCAGAGAGACAGUGAUGAUGAAUGUGCAACACUUAUCCUGGCCUGCUUGUUCUGCCAGUUUUGGGACUUUCUUAUAAUGCUGCCUGAUACCUGUGAACAUUGGCUGAUAGAUACGUGUUGUCCAUCCAAUAGAUACUACCAGACCUCCAACGAAGACCAUGCCAACAACGAUUGCAAUUGUGACUGUGACAUUGAUUGCAGCCUUUUUGAGUCCUGCCACGAGACUGGUGAAUGCCUGGAACUUGCCAUGGAGAUUUCAGAAGUUUGCUACCGUUAA